AUGGAGGAGAUUUCAUUGGCCGACCUGGAUAUUAGCAAGCUAGAGGCCAUCGCCCAGGAGAUCUAUGUAGACCUGAUAGAGGAUUCCUGCCUGGGAUUCUGCUUUGAGGUGCACCGGGCAGUCAAGUGUGGCUACUUCCACCUGGAGUUUGCAGACACUGGUAGCGUGAAGGAUUUUGGCAUUCAGCCAGUGGAAGACAAAGGAGCGCGCCACCUCCCGCUUUGCCUUCCUGGAGAAUCUGACAGCGGGCCCCAGACAGUGGAGCUGCAGCGUUCACCUCCAGAAUUCCAGUAGUCACAACAUGAGAGAGGGCGACAGUGACCAGGACAAUAGUAUAGACUGGUCCCGUGGCUUUGGAGGAGUAAGCUAAGUUGGAGAGAGAGAGAGAGAGAGAGA